GUGCAGUCGUCCUCGACUCCAUUUUGUCCCUGCUGUUGUAAGAGGACCACAUCAGAUUCAGUUUAGUUGAAGAAAACAAGGACAGAAGGCGUGGUUUUUCUUUUGUUUCAUGAAAAUGGUCAUGACGAAGAGGAAACGGCCUGACUCCUCCUCUUUUUCUGAUGAAUCCUUCCAGCAGCCAAUCAGUGAGCCGUCCGUCAGUUCACAGAGGAGUGCAGCAAAGUCCAUUUAUCCCAGCGGUGACUCUCUGAAGAGCGAUGGAUCCAUGUUCAUGCCACUCAGUUUUGGUCUUGAAGAGAUACAAAGACAGCGGAGUGAAGAGUCGUCCAGUGCAGAGUGUUUGGAGUAUUUUAGGGAUCCAGUCUUUUUAACUAAUGGACACCAGAGAGAUACUGUGGAUGACACGUUUGUUACAGGGAACAGCCAUCGUUUGAAAGCAAAGAAGAAUCUUAAAGAAACAAUGCAAAAACAAUACACCGUGGUGUACGAAGGCCAUAGUGACCAACAGACUUCUCUGGAAAGCGCCUACACAACACUCUACGUCAUCGCUGGAGAGAGUCGAAAUCCACAUGCAGAGCAUGAGUUCAGGCACCUUAAACUUAAAUUGGAACGACGACGAUCUUUUACAAAUUCAGUCGACUUCUGUGAAAUCUUCAAACCGUCACCUGGCCAAGAGAAACCACCCAGAACCGUCCUGACGAAGGGCGUUGCAGGAAUUGGAAAAUCAUUUUCCGUGCAGAAAUUCAUUCUCGAUUGGGCCAAGGAGGAAGCUAACCAGGAUUUUGACUUUGUUUUCCAUCUUGCUUUCCGCAAGCUGAAUCUGAGUACAGAAAACAAAAGCUUGCUUGGGCUCCUGACUGAGUAUCACCCUGCGCUCCAUGAUCUGAAAGAUCAAGAAGAUUUCGUCAAAGCCAGGGUCAUCGUGAUCCUGGACGGCCUGGAUGAAAGCAGACUUCCACUGGACUUUGAGAGCAAGCCGGUAACAUCUGUCAGUGAAGUAACAUCUGUGGGUAAUCUCCUAGCGAACCUCAUCCAGGGAAACCUUCUUCCUGAUGCUCACCUGUGGAUAACAUCUCGUCCAGCAGCAGCCAGUCAGAUCCCUUCAGAGUUUGUUGACCUGGUGACAGAGAUAAGAGGGUUCAGUGACCCACAAAAAGAAGAAUACUUCAGGAGGAGAUUCAGUUGUGACUUGGGCCUUGCUGACAGGAUCAUUUCACACAUUCACUCUUCACAGAGUCUCGACGUCAUGUGCCAGAUCCCGAUCUUCUGCUGGAUUUCAGCCGUAUUAUUUGAGGAGAUCUUUGGGGGAGGUGAGGAAGCUGAAACCCCCCAAACUCUCACAGAGAUGAUGGCACAUUUCCUGUUUGCCCAGACUAAACUCAGAAGCAGAAAAUAUGGCGAGAAGACUGAGGAAAACCAAGAGAGACUUCUGAAGACCCACAAGGGUUUUCUUCUGAAACUCGGCAAGCUCGCAUUUGUUCAGCUGCAGAAGAACAACCUCAUCUUCUACGAUGAAGACCUGGGAGACUGUGGCAUUGACACACGAGAGGCAUCCGUCUACUCUGGAUUUUGCAGUGCAGUUCUUAGGGAAGAAGAAGUCUUUUCCCUAAAAAAGAUCUUCUUCUUUGUGCACCUGACCAUACAGGAGUUCUUUGCGGCUCUUUUUGUCUAUGACUGUUUCACAAACCAGAAUACAAAAGAGCUCGGCAACUUCCUCGACCUGAAGGACAAAGAACAUACCUUACUUGAUCUUCUGAAGAUGACCGUUGACAAAGUGUUGGAGAAAAAGAACGGCCACCUGGACUUCUUCUUGCAAUUCCUCCUUGGCCUCAUGGUAGAACCAAACCGGAGAGUCCUUCAGGGUCUGCUGACAUCGCUGGACCCAAGCCAAGAUACCGACAAGAAGAUCUUGACUCACCUCAAGGCCAUGCGAAGAAAGGCCCUCUCUCCAGACAGCUGCAUCAACCUCUUCCAGACCAUGGUCGAGAUGAGAGACCACAAAGUCAAAGAUGAAAUUCAGGAAUAUCUCAAACUGGCGUCUCCCUUAGAGAUUGGGUGAGAAGCUCAGUUAUCCUAGAGGAGCUCGGAGUUGAGCCGCUGCUCCUUCAAGUCUAAAGGAGCCAGUUGAGGUGGUUCGGGCAUCUGGUGAGAAGGCCUCGGGGAAGACCCAGGACUAGGUGGAGAGAGUAUAUCUCCAACCUGGCCUGGGAACGCCCUGGGAUCCUUCAGUUGGAGCUGGUUGAUGUGGCUCGGGAAAGGGAAGUUUGGGGUUCCCUGCUGGAGCUGCUGCCCCCAAGACCUGAUACAGGAUAAGCAGACAAAGAUGGAUGGAUGACCUUGCAGUUAAACGGUUUAUUUUACAAUGAAUAUUAAGAAUACUUCAGCAUUAUAGAUGAACUGUCAUGGCCGAAAGAUCAUUUAACUACUACUCAAAACCAUUGUGUGUUUCUUUUAAACGUGAUCACAAUCAUCCUUCUAUACCUACCUUAUACCUCAUUAUUCAAGUAGUUCUUCUUGUAUACUUUUAUGUUAACUAUUAAAGAAGUUGUCACACCAAAUAUAUCUGUACAGUAUAAAUUGUUGACUGUCCUCUCUAAUCUCCUUAUAGCUGCUUAAUUUUGGAUGCUAUUAAAAUACAUUAAAAUAAGUUACAGUACUACAUGCCUAACAAAAAGGAGAAAAACAUUAAUGUUAAUUUGCACCUUCUGAAGCUAACAAGGCUUAUUUCAAAGCUAAAUACCAGCUCCAAUCACCAGUUAUCGUUAGCAUCAACAGGAACAUACUGGUAUCUGUUGAUGAGAUGAAUCAGCUUCAGCAGCAUCAUGUAUUUUGUUUAUAUUUUGUGAAUUUGAGUGUCCUGAAUAUUGUAGAUUUG